AUGCAUAAUCCAUCAACGAAAGCAACAAUCGAUGCAUUAUCAUUCCUAUUUACUCUUUAUGGUUUAUGUGAAAUUAUUCUAUCUAACAAUGGCACUCAAUUCACUUCAACAAAAUUUACUGAAUAUUGUGCUCGUAAUGGUAUUAAACACAUUACAGCUUCACCAGGACAUCCACAAUCUAAUGGUCAAGCAGAACGAUAUGUAGACACUGUUGAGUCUACUUUAACAAAAGAACUUUAUAAUGAAGGAAAAAUAUCUGAUAUUCUUUUAAAAUUUUCUAUUCUAUCAUAG